UCAAAAAAGAAGGUAGAACUCAAAUGGGGCAAACGAUUCCAAAUCAUUGAGGGAAUUGCAAGGGGGCUCCUCUACCUCCAUCGAGAUUCUUGCCUUAGGGUCAUACACCGUGACUUAAAAGUGAGCAAUAUUCUCUUGGAUGAAAAGAUGAACCCAAAAAUUUCAGAUUUUGGGCUGGCACGAAUGUUCGAGGGCACUCAAAUUUUGGUGAACACUCACAAAAUUGUUGGAACCUUUGGUUAUAUGUCUCCUGAGUACGCUAUGGGCGGAAUAUUUUCCGAGAGGUCCGAUGUCUAUAGCUUCGGAGUGUUGCUACUGGAGAUUGUUAGUGGCAGAAAGAACUCAGCCCUGUAUGAUCAAGGAUAUCUCAAUCUCCUUUCCUACGCAUGGCAAUUAUGGAGUGAAGGCAAAGCAUUGGACCUACUGGAUGAAGCAAUUGCUGUUAGCUUUCCAUUGGAGGUAAUAAGAUGCAUCCACAUUGGGCUUCUCUGUGUCCAGGACCAUGCUAUGGAUAGACCAAACAUGACGAAUGUGGUUCUAAUGCUAAGCGGUGAAUCAGAUCUUCCUCAGCCGAGACAACCUAUAUUCACUUUCCAAACUGAAAUGCCAAAUCAUGCUAUUCCACCGCAACAACAAAGCAUUUGGUCUGUUAACAUUGUCACUAAUACAAUGGUCGAAGGAAGAUGAUGGCUAUGUUUUUUCAUUUUUAUUUUCCUUCAUUUGCAGCUGAUUUUGUUGUUAUUUUCCAAGAUAUUAGCCUACGUUUGGUCGUUCGGAUUUCUAAUCGGAAUAGGACUGCAUAGAAUAUGAUAUGAAAUCUAAGGGUUUUAUUAUAUCCUAUCAACUGUAUGAUGAUUACGGUAAUAAAGUCAGAUAAUUCAUAUUAUAUCA